AUGCAUUUCACCGGUAUCUCCGCCAUUGCCAUCGCUGUACUUUCCUCUACCGGCCUAGCUGCUCCAGCCUACGAAGUAUGGCCCCCGGCCGCGACCAUCCAAAUUUCCAAUGAUCAUUCUGGCGCCCAUGCCAACGUCGCCGUUCCAGCUGAUGGCGUUACACGAUCUGUCCAAGAGCUUUGGGGCCAUACUCCAGUCAACUUCGAAGGCAAGGUUUUCGGUUCGAGCGCUCAGCUCAUCGCUUUUGAACAGACGACAGUCUGCACUUUCUCUGAAGAGCCCCAUCUGCAUUCAGCCUUGACUGCUAGCCGAAACUGGAUUCAGCUAGGCAAGCCUGUGGUUGAUCUAUGCUUUGCCACCGUUGUUUGCGAAAGAAACGCAUAA